GCCGCGACGUCAGGACGACGGAGAUGCGCGAGUUCAAGGUAGUCGUCCUCGGCUCGGGCGGGGUGGGUAAGAGCGCUCUCACCGUACAGUUCGUCUCCGGCUGCUUCAUGGAGAAGUAUGACCCCACCAUCGAGGACUUCUAUCGCAAGGAGAUCGAGGUGGACAACUCGCCGUGCGUGCUCGAGAUCCUCGACACCGCCGGCACCGAGCAGUUCGCCAGUAUGCGCGACCUGUACAUCAAGAACGGCCAGGGCUUCGUCGUGGUGUACAGCCUGACGAACCACCAGACCUUCCAAGACAUCAAGGCGAUGAAGGAGCUAAUCACGCGCGUCAAGGGCACCGAGCGGGUGCCGGUGCUGCUGGUGGCGAACAAGCUCGACCUUGAACACCAGCGCGAGGUCGACACCGCCGAGGGCAACGCUCUCGCCCAGAUGUGGGGCUGCCCGUUCGUCGAGGCCUCCGCCAAGAACCGCACCAACGUCAACGAGAUGUUCGCGGAGAUCGUGCGCGAGAUGAACUUCAGCCCCGAGAAGGAGAAGAAGACCUACUGCUGUUGCAGCGUCCUCUAAUACUUAAUCAAAAGUCUCGCCGCCGCCGGCCCCGCGGAACGAACUAUGUAAUCACAUGUACUCGAAGAGGAGGAGGCGCGCGCCAGGUGACGCGGGAGACGCACGCGUGCGCGCGUGUUCUGUGUGUGUUCCGUGUGCUAUGUGCGCGCGCGUGUGUGCACGUACAGUCCUGCGAGGUGUGUGUGUUCACCUCGCGACCGCCGCCGCGUCCGGGCCCGCUCUUCGUCGGGGACGGCCGCUUCGAGCGACCUUGACGCUCGCACACCGCUGCGCGGAUCCCGCCAAGGCUGAGUCCCUCGCGAGGCGACACAAGGACACGCGCGUGUCGACGACGACGACCACGGGGAAGACGCUUCUUCUUCUUCAAGGUCGACUCUUCUUUCCCCGAGAGAAGAUUUCGCCGUCCGCGAGCGAGAACGAGCGAGCGAGCGACUGCGGUGGCCGUUAAACAGAUAUUUUAUUAUACGCGAAUAGUAUUAUGUAUGUAAUUAUUAUUGUAAUAUAUCACUGAUAGACUUAAGGAAGAGCGAGCGAACGAACGAAAGCCGACUUCUUCUGCACGGCCGCGAAAAGGACCAAUGCUGCUCUCCCUCUCUGUCUCUUUCUCUCUUGCGAGAGAGUGAGUGAGAAAGGGAACGAAGGAAAGGAAGAGAGAAAGAGAACGGAAGGAAGGGUGUCGACCGCGACAACUGCGUGCGUGCGUGCGUGCGUGCGUGCACUCGCGUUAGUCGUCGUUAACGCGACGUCGUUAACGGCGAGAAACCAAACCCGACGUCUCAUCGGCCGGUUUUCUGCUCAAUUUCGGAGACUAUCGUGUCGCGCACGUACACACUGCAUCGUGUAUAUGUAUUUCCAAGUAGCACAAACUUCUGAUAGAACUCUUAAAGACACUUGAAGAAACAUCUAAAGAAAAAUAGAACAUCUUAAGAUUUUUUUUUUUUUUAGAAGUUUGCGCUAGUCUGGGUCUACCAUUUCUCUCCGGGAAUUGCGCGAUUUUUAGUCCAGGUUAUCACUUCUCUCCGAGAAUUGCGCGAUUUUUCUUACACAUGUAUGCAUAAAGUCGAAACCAUUGUAACUGGAGCCAUUGUAACUCAACCAUUAUAACUGGAGUCACUUGUGCGAUUUUCGACUUUAUGCACUAUACGUUUAAGGCUAAAAAUCGUGAACUUUUGAUCCGGGGAAUGGUGAGGCGUGCAUAACGCGGUGUAGAAGAACACACUGGAAGAAAGAAGUGCCACGUUCAAGUAAAUAUUUGCCAAAGUGUGCCGGAAUAAUUAUUUUACUUGGAUUGAGUAAAUAUUACUUGAAUGUAGCAACACCAUGGAAAAAAUAAAAAAAAAUGCUGAAUUCAAUAUUGACAUAAUCCAGGUGAAAUAAUUCCUCCGACGUUUCUUAGCAAAUAUUUACUUGAAUGUAGCGCUUUUUUUCUUUCAGUGCACGUAGGCACGUCCGUUCUGGGGCCGCGCUAAUAUUACGGCUUGGUCGCUCGCGAAAACAAGAGAGAACCGAGAGCAA